ACUCACUAGUCAGUUUCCAUUCGACAACGAUUUGUGUUUCGCGUUUCUUACUUUCGUGUUUCUUGUCCACUUUAUAAUAUGUAUUUAAUGGAAUCAGAUUCGUAGAGAUUUGUUUGAUGGAUCGACGAUGUAAUUUAUCGAUACGAUUUAUACAUUCCUUUCGUCUUGAGUUGGUUAUUUUGCCAACUCAAUAAUACAAUUGUUGUAUAUAGGGAUCAGUGUUGAGAAGCAGUCUACAAGUGCGCGUAUUUCUAAUUACAAUCUAAUAAUAGUUGCGAUAAAUACCUUGUGAAUUUGUGUAAUGUUAAGUGCUUAAUGCAAGUGUUUGUUGGAGAAAUGGGGCAAAGUCCAAGCUCUAUAAGGAGUAAGGGCAGCCGAAAGUCCUUUCGAGGAUUUGUCCGGCGCUCGAAAUUAAAUAAAUCCAGUUUAAGUCAUACAUUCAACUUGCCGCCCUCAGAGGAAUAUCCAGAGUUGAUGAAUAUUAAUACGGCUACUGAGGAACAGCUAAUGACUCUACCAGGAGUAAGUAGACAGCUGGCGCGGGAAAUCGUGAGACAUCGCCAGAUGAUCGGUCGUUUCAAGCGAGUUGAUGACCUUGCUUUAGUAUCAGGUAUUGGUGCAGAAAAAUUAGAGUUACUAAGACCAGAAAUAUGUACAAAUAUAAAGAGACAAGUAUCUAGAGCAAGCUCAUGUACACAUUCACUAGAUAGCUUCCGAUUGUCUAUGGAAACUAAACUAUGUUCUGUUAAUUCCUCCAGUGUGUUCCAAUUGCAAUGUGUACCAGGCCUCAACCAAGAGCUAGCUGCAAAUAUAGUUGAUUAUAGGGAUAAAAAAGGACCCUUUAAAUCUCUAGAUGACUUAAUAAAAGUCAGAGGCAUAGAUAUUGUGAGACUAAGUGGUGUGAAACCGCACUUAAGUUUAGAUUUAAGAAAAAGUGAGAGUGAGCAACAUUUGCCAAAUGGUCAUGUAAAUGGAUGGACAGAUGCUUCUUUGAAUGGAUCAUUAAUAAGUAGUGAAUUGAAAACACCAGUGUCACCAAGCCGAAAGAGCUUUACAAUGCCUGUUAAAUUUCCUUUAACACUACCAAACGGAUUUGCUGCAGCACCUGUUAAUGAUAUUUUAGACUUGUUAUCAGCAUACUCACAUAGACCAGUGGUAAGGGAAGAUUUUAUGUAUGAAAGAGAUGGUGUAAGAUGUUGUCGUCUUGCAUCAUGGAAUAUUCACCAGUUAACAAUAGAAAAGGUGAUAAAUCCUGGAGUAAGGGAAGUCAUGUGUCGGACAAUAUUAGAAAAUAAGUUGUCCGUAAUAGCUAUACAAGAUGUUGUAGAAACGGAUGCAAUAAAAAUGAUAUGUGAAGAGUUAAAUGCACCAACUAUAAGGCGAGUUAGAGAGUGGAAGAUAAAUAGUCAAAAUUGGGAAUAUUGCAUACCACAGAGUGCUGAUUGUCGCUCCCUCUGCUUCAUAUAUGAAAACAGUAAUGGCAACAACAAAAGUGUGACGAUAGAGGAUGUUGCGACGGACCAGCUCCAUCUGGUGGUGAAUUGUGAUGUUAAGAAGCUGGUGGAAAUGCUGGAUGACCUGCGAAGUGAUAGAUUCAACACCAGCACGCAAGCGUUCCUUAUAUGCGGCCGGCCUAUAAUUUUGGUGAACGUGCACUGCAAGGAGACGCUGGACGAAGAAGACUGCAGAAGGUUAAUGGAAGUUGUUGAUGCGGCAUCCGCCAUUAAGCUACAACUAGCGCUCAUGGGCGAGUUUCUUACUUGGGGAAAUGUGCAAUCGUUACAAAACUGCGAAUCAUUGCUGAACGAAGAAGCAAAGACCACAGUGGAUGCAAAUACGAUGGGUAAAAGCUCUAUUCUAUGCCCGGGGAACAUAGAAAGCAAUUUUAAUGGCCAUUCGGGGACCAUUAAAUCUGGCCUGUGCCAUCUGGCAAUACCGCGCGGCUGGUCCUGGGGCGGCCCAGCGUCGCCAUAUUGCCCUAUUUGGACCGAGAUCAAAGUACCCGAUUGACAAAAAAUAAAAAUUGCCGAUGGUAGUAAUUUAUCUGUGGUCUACGCGGUGACGACAGCGCUCCUUCUUAUAAUACAUUGUCUAUACUUUGUUUUUCAUAUUUUUAAUCCGCCAUUUUGAAGUGACUUCGCGCCAUUUUGGCUUUAGGCUAAUAUAUCACGCGAUUGUCAAACUUACUAGUGUAAUUUUAAUUUAUUUAUUGAAAUGUAGAUAAUUUUAUUGUUCUGAUUGUAUAUAUUCUAAUCAUGUUAUUUUAAAUGAAUUAAGUCUCGCGUCCCAAAGGUAAAUAUUUUUUUAAUAUACAUAAUUUAAAUUCCAAUGAAUUCCGUUUAUUUUGCAAAAGAUUUUGCAAAAGAUUAGAAGCAAAAUGCUUAAAGUUGUAAUAGUUUGAAAUGUAUAUUUUUAAGGUUUUUGGUCAAAAUAGAUUUUAAAACCAUUUAUGAAGUGAAAUUUUUGUUACACGUCUUAAGAAUGUCAUAUUUUUUAAAUCUAAUAGAAUUCUAAAUCCUUUUUAUUGAAAUCUUCCAUAGUUUUUGUAAAAAUUUGAGUAAAAUGGGUAACAUUGUACCUGAGAGAUUUCCUUCUAGAAUAGAAAAUUUCAAAUAUAUUUCAUUAUCAAAGUAGUAUAGAUAGGCAAGUAUGAAUAAAAUCUAAAAUUAAAAGUGCUCUAUGAAUUUAAACUACCUAUAAAAUAAUUGCAAUUAAGCCAAUUGUAAAAAAUAUUUUGAGACUACACGCCAAAAAUAAAUGUCAAAAAUGGGGAUUUAGUCAAUAUAUCCAAUAUUAUAGGUCUUGAUUAUCUACUGGUGAUAUGGUAUUAUCAUACUAAUAGCAAGUUAAAUGUUUGUUUGUUUGAACGUACUGAUAUCAGGAACGAAUGAUACAAAUAGAAUACAAUGGUCUAUGGAAUGAAUGCAGGGGAAAACUGCGGGGCACAGCUAUUUAAUAAUAAUAGACUACAUUAUAGCGAAAUAUGACCCACUCUUAUUAAACAAUGAAUAAUGACUCAAAAGUUUUGCUUAAAAAAAUUAUGUCGCUUUUUUUAUAAAUUGGCACAGACUAUCUAAUGCGUUUUGCGGGUUCGAUUUUCAAAUUUAAUUCAAUUUGAUCACUUAUUUAUUUUCUUGCUGCUAGAAAUGAGUUAUUUGUCCUCUAUAUUUCAUUAUAAGUGAAGUAAACUUGUUUCAAUCCGCUCAGAUCCACGCCUGAGAUAAUCUAUUGCAUAAUAAUCCGAUAAGUGAUAAAACAACCACGACAUACGCAACGUGACUCCAAUAUAAAAUCUAAAAUGGUGCUAAUCACUUAGUAAAAUAGUUCUACAAAUAUCUAUGUGAAUAUUGCUAACGAUAACUAUUUUGUUUUUAAAUAUUAACCUUGAAUGAUGAAAAGACGUUUUGUAGGGAAUAAAACCUUCCAUGAUUGAGUUAGAAUCACAUUUUAAAUAGCAGCAAUAAAAUAUUCAGCUAGCUCGUAAACCAAUGUGUGCACAUCUAAUUUCUAAAAGGUUUUCGAUAUAAACGGUAAUUUUCGUUUAUCAUUAGUACAUAUUAUCAGUAUUAUCGUGACCGUAACAAAGGUUAACACUAACGAACGAAACAUUUGCGUUAAAAAUUUGUAUGAAAAUAGUUUGUGAUAAGAGGCGCUGUAAAAUAUUUCAUUCUAAUAUUUGACAGUUACGUACAGGUUGUCAAAAACUUGGCGUUCUAGCUCUAUGCUCUACGCGCUGCCAUUUUAUUUUCUUGAAAGUAAAACUAAUGAGUAUUUUAUGUAACAAUUUUUUGUGGUAUUGGUGAAUGACCAAAGACAUACUUUUUGUAAGUGUAUGUUGGUGGUAAAGACGUCGCGUGUCAUAUUUUACGUCGGUUAAAAACUCAUGGUGUUGCCACAGCUUAUUAAGUAAUGAAAUUUACAGCAAAUUAAAAAAAAUUUAAUCUAUCGAACACACAGUCAUGAAAAUGCACCACUAGCUGACUCUACCCAAUAUACUGAAAUAUAUAGACUGUUUAAAAUCUCUAAUUGGCUUGGAUACCUAUUUAAAAGUAUUUACAUCAAGCAAUUGUUUUGUUACUCUCUUACGUUGUGAGCAUUAAAACUAGUUUUGAGACUCUCUUUUAAUAAAAUACCCCUUCCAACCACGUAGUAGACAAAGAAAAAUUGAGUAGUUUUUUAUUAUAGUUCGAAUUGUGAUAUUACGAGAUAUAAUAUAAUAAAAACCUGUCUUUCGUUUAAAAGUACUUCUUGAAUACCUCUUCGACCCUAAAUUAAACUUACGGAUUACGGAACGUUGGCACAUGUUACUAUAUAAAAAUGUGUAGCUUGCAAA